GAGAGGAGGGCGCUAUGGCCGACGUGUUCCCGGGCUCCGAGCCCGGCGCGGCCCCGGACGCGGCGCGGCGCUUCGCUCGCAAGGGGGCCCUGAGGCAGAAGAACGUGCACGAGGUGAAGGAGCACAAAUUCAUCGCGCGCUUCUUCAAGCAGCCCACCUUCUGCAGCCACUGCACCGACUUCAUCUGGGGAUUUGGGAAACAAGGAUUUCAGUGCCAAGUUUGCUGUUUUGUGGUUCAUAAGAGAUGCCAUGAGUUUGUUACCUUCUCUUGUCCUGGGGCUGACAAGGGACCUGACACUGAUGAUCCCAGAAGCAAGCACAAAUUUAAGAUCCACACAUAUGGGAGCCCAACCUUUUGUGACCAUUGUGGGUCACUGCUUUAUGGGCUUCUGCACCAAGGGAUGAAAUGUGACACCUGUGAUAUGAAUGUUCACAAGCAAUGUGUAAUAAACGUCCCAAGCCUCUGUGGCAUGGAUCACACAGAGAAAAGAGGAAGGAUUUAUCUGAAAGCUGAAGUCACUGGUGACAAACUGGAAGUAAUAGUGCGAGAAGCAAAAAACCUAAUUCCCAUGGAUCCAAAUGGACUUUCAGAUCCUUAUGUUAAACUGAAGCUCAUCCCGGAUCCUAAGAAUGAAAGUAAACAAAAAACAAAAACCAUCCGUUCGACUCUGAAUCCAGACUGGAAUGAGGCAUUCACAUUUAAAUUAAAACCUACAGACAAAGAUCGACGGUUAUCCGUAGAGGUCUGGGACUGGGAUAGAACAACCAGAAAUGAUUUCAUGGGAUCUCUUUCAUUUGGGGUGUCAGAGCUUAUGAAAAUGCCAGCCAGUGGAUGGUACAAGCUGCUGAAUCAAGAAGAAGGUGAAUAUUAUAACGUUCCAAUUCCAGAUGCUGAUGAAGAUGGAAAUGCAGAGCUCCGGCAGAAGUUUGAGGACUGUCAUGUAAAUAUCCACUUCUUCAAGAAAGCCAAACUUGGGCCAGCUGGUAACAAAGUCAUUACUCCAACAGAAGACAAGAACUCAAGUGUGCCAUCCAACAAUCUGGACAGGGUGAAGCUGACAGAUUUCAACUUUCUCAUGGUCCUUGGAAAGGGGAGCUUCGGGAAGGUGAUGCUGGCAGACAGGAAGGGGACAGAGGAGCUCUAUGCAAUCAAAAUACUGAAAAAAGAUGUGGUGAUUCAGGAUGAUGAUGUUGAAUGUACAAUGGUUGAAAAACGAGUCCUGGCAUUGCAAGAUAAACCACCAUUCCUGACACAGCUUCACUCUUGUUUCCAAACAGUUGACCGUCUGUAUUUUGUUAUGGAGUAUGUGAAUGGUGGUGAUCUCAUGUAUCACAUUCAGCAAGUAGGAAAAUUUAAGGAGCCACAAGCAGUGUUCUAUGCAGCUGAGAUCUCAGUUGGGUUAUUCUUUCUCCAUAACAGAGGGAUUAUUUAUAGAGAUCUGAAAUUAGAUAAUGUGAUGUUGGAUUCAGAAGGACACAUUAAAAUUGCCGAUUUUGGAAUGUGCAAAGAACAUAUGUUAGAUGGAGUAACAACCAGGACCUUCUGUGGCACUCCAGACUACAUUGCACCAGAGAUUAUUGCUUACCAGCCCUAUGGGAAGUCUGUGGAUUGGUGGGCGUACGGAGUGCUGCUCUAUGAGAUGUUAGCUGGCCAGCCUCCAUUUGAUGGAGAAGACGAAGAUGAACUUUUCCAGUCCAUAAUGGAGCAUAACGUUUCCUAUCCAAAAUCACUAUCCAAAGAAGCUGUCUCCAUCUGCAAGGGGCUAAUGACUAAGCAUCCCGCAAAGCGCCUUGGCUGUGGCCUUGAAGGUGAAAGAGACAUCAGGGAACAUGCUUUUUUCAGGAGAAUUGACUGGGAAAAACUGGAAAACCGAGAGAUUCAGCCACCUUUCAAACCUAAAGUGUGUGGCAAAGGUGCCGAAAACUUCGAUAAAUUCUUUACACGAGGACAGCCGGUGUUAACACCUCCGGAUCAGCUGGUCAUUGCUAACAUAGACCAAACAGAUUUUGAAGGGUUCUCUUACGUCAACCCCCAGUUCAUACACCCCCUUUUGCAAAAUGUAGCAUGAAACAGCAAAACAGGAACAAAUCCCGCAGUGGGGAACGGUCCUUAACCCUACAAUUUUUAGGCUUUUGCCUUGUUGAUUCCAUUUGGGCCUGAAAAUUGUAGGGUUAGAAAGUGUAAGAUGGGGGAAGGGCCACUUAUUCAGGAUUUUGGCUUUGCAACAGCGAUGUUGUCUUAAUGGGAGAUAAAUUAGUGUACGGUGCCCACUUAUUCUUCUAGAAGUCACCACUGACUCGUCUAAACUUACCCAUUUUUUGGUACGUUAUAUAUUUUUGUAACUUCCCCUGUCCUUUUGCUCCCUUUUCCACUCUGCUGUGUUAGAAAUAAUCUAACACACAGUCUGAAAAAAACCCCAACCUCGAAUAUUUAGUCGUUUGGUGCAGAUGCUGGGAGGUAGGAGCACUCGGUCCCGAGCGACCGCUCCUCCCCGCUCUGCCCGGUGACUUCGGGGAGAUCAGCAGCACAAGAGACCGAAACGGCAGCGGCACCGGGGAGGAGACGCAUUGCAAAAAAAUUGUUGAAAGUAGUUGUUUUGAAAAUGUGACAGAAACAAGUUGGGGGGGGGGGGGGGGGGGGGAGACAAAAUCAAGUUAGACCCUGAGGCUUCGUGAACCGAUCCUGUAAGCGACACCAAGUUUAAACACACUUCAGUGGUGGCCAGAUCUCUAGGAUCUUUGCUAAGUAGCAUGUGAUAAACUCAAGGGUGAAAUUUUGUCUUUAAUAAUAAUAAUAAUAAUAAUAGUAAUAAUAAUUUUAAUAAUAUUUUUGUGAAUUUUAAUCUCCAUGAGAUUAUUCUGUGAUCCAGGGUGCCAUUGUUUGUUCAGUUAAUUUAAUUUACACCAUUCCUCAAGUUUACUGUUAGCCUGUUCUAAUACCAAUAUUUUACUAUGAAAUUUGUUAACCUGGAAUGUAAAACAGAACUGUAAUCCCUUCAAUCUUAUUUACAUGUGUCUAUUUAUGGUCUGCAGUAUAGAGCAGUAAAUCGAAGAAAGCGUUAUGUAUACUAAAUUAACAAAAAAUGCAGCCCCAAGUGACUUCCUGAUUUCUCCAGAAUAACUCAUGAAAAUCAAGUGAGAUUUAGUCAUAAAAUAAUCAGUUUUAAUUCAGAAAACUUUGGGCUGUAGAAUAAUCAAGCCUGAAAGAAGCAGCACCUAAAACUUGUUUUAUUGAUAGAAUGGAAUUUAAUACACUUUGCAUAUGCUUCAUGCAAUGAAUUUUGCAUGUUUAGUAAUAACUCUUAAUAAUAAGGGUUAAUAAUAAGCAGAUCUAUAUUAUUGACAUAAUCAUAUCAAGCAUAAAGAGUAUUAUAAAAAUUUUAUAAAACAAAUUGUGCUUUAUUUGUGAAGGUUCUUGUUCUGAAUUACUUCAUUUAGAUUUAGCUAAAUGUUUUAUUGCUAUUGUUUUGGUUUUUACUUUAGGUUUUGGAUAUUGUUAAUGGCUUAGGGUAUAAUCUCUUUUUUUAAAAGUAGAUCUACUUUUAAACAAUAAUUGCUACCUGCAGGUUUUAUACGAGGUUCAAUUAGGCUUUCAUUUCACAUCUGCUUAUUACUUACAGAGAAGGAAAUAGACUUUAUUUGCAAUGAUGAACAUUGUAAUUAAUGCAAUCUUCUCCUCUCCUAUCACUUAGAUAAAAAUUUUGAUAUUUCCUCUUACAACUUACCAGAAGAUAUUAAUUCAAAUAUCAGUAAAUAUUUUUUGUGCAUAUUUUGGUUUUGUUACAGCAUGUAAAAUAGUAGUUGCUGCAUUUUCCUUUUUUUUUUCCCUUCUGCCUUGUUACUGUUAGCAGCCAUAGGCACUUUUUGUCUCUCAGAUAUGCAUGACGAUGCCAGAAGCAUGAUGUCUCUGUUGCUGCAUGCAGACUGAUUACAAUUUUUCCAGCAUGUAAACAUAUUCAAAAAGUAAGUUAUUUGCCAUAAAAAACUUAAAUUUAUACUAGACUAUGUAACUGGGGGGGGGGGAAAUCUACUUGCUAAUCAUCUUUUAUGACAAGAAAACAUGGAACCUGUGCCAAGGAGUCUGUUAGAAAGAGCCAGCCCUGCAAAUUGGUGGCUGGGUGGAUGGGUCUGACUUACGGGGGUGACCCAUGGUGGAGUGGGACAGGUUUUGAGUGAAACACGGUUGGAUGUGAACGGCAACUGUGUUGUGCUUCUGCACGCGUGGUGCCCUCAGAAGCCAUAUUUUUGGUGCCGAGGACACGUGGUUUGCAACACUCCAGAAGUUUGACUUUUACCCAGUCGUAGUCCUUUUGCAGCCCCAGCUCUAAGCAAGGAGCAUCUCCCCGGCUAAGAGUGAGCAGGCUUUAACGAAUCAACCGGACCGUUUGCAGGCAUGGGAAAACACACGGCUAACAAGGGGCACUGACCAACUAACAAGAACUGGGAUUGUUGCCUAAAAAAACAGAACUCAAAAUUUUUAAAACGUUUUAGGAGUAAAAUUUUUAAACCAUUCUAUGUCAAGUAUGUCAUGAGCCAAGUCUGAGAGUUCAUUUUCUUCUUUGUAUGUUAUAUACUUUAACAAUUAUGAUAUUCACCAUAAAGCAUGUAGACUAGUGCAGCAUUCAUGACUACUUAUGUUUUUCUAAAUAUUAUUAGCCUGCCAUAGUUUAGGAAAAUCUGAGUAUCAUACUGCAGAAGAUAAUAGAUUCAACAGAUUACUGCGGCUCAGAUUUUGAAUGAUUAAGGGGCUCUCAAGUAAGUCACUCUGCCGAGAGGCGGCGUUACAUGUGUUUUAAGAAUGUGAAGUGAAAAAGAGACUUUUGAAAAAGGAAAAUACAGGGAGAAAUACCAGCACACAGGGUUUUGAAGAAAGAAAAGCAGUACAGGGGGAGAACGGAACCAAGCCGGCAACAGGGAGGAGAUCCCACAGGUAGACGUUCCCAAGCAGUUCAGGUUUUCCUGAUGAAAUAUGAAUUGUACAGCGAAGUCCCAUUGCGGGCGGUUGUUGCUGGCACAGCUGUGACGGUCGGUGAUGUUCACAGAACACGGCAUUAAAGAGCUGGUCCAACAUCUGGACAGAGCUGCUCAUUUUCUGGCUUCUUCUCAUAACCAGUUUUUUAGGCACUUGCAUUUGUUCCCCAGUUUUUCUGAUGUAGUAGCAGAAAUUCCUCUUUAACGUUGUUACCUCAAGUUCCUAGGCUUGCCACAUCUCGUGUCGUCUUCUGUAGGUGUCUGUAAUGCUUACAAAAAGGUACUGUGAACUCACGGAUCCUGCAGGAACAAGACAGGGUUGUAUAAAGCAGGGAUUGAAUGUUUGUGUUACUCCUCGCUGCUCUGCCUAAUGCACUCGCACGUGAACGCUUGGACCAGCCCUUUAAUGAGAACUCCGGGUGGCUUGCUUAUCAUCCAGAAAUUCAUAAUGGCAAGUAAAACCUUAACUAUCCAGCAAGCAUUUUCCUAUCUUUUUAAAUACAGAUGUUAUUUAUAUAAUAUUUUUCACAAGAUUUGGUUUUCUAAAGAACAUGUAUCAACACAGGGAGAGGCAUUAGAACUGCUUUUCUUUCACUUGUGUUCAAUAGCAACCGUAACCUGAACACCCACGUUAUCACAAAGGUUUCUAAAAGUCAAAUUGAAAAUUAUAAUACACUGAAGCUGGGGUGAAAGCUUUGGGAGCUGUGUUUCUGUCCCAUGUGUGCUCGAGUCCCGAGGGGCACAGGUCUGCCACCUAAAACUUCCAAGCUGUUUUCAGGGAUUAAAUGGAACUUAACUGGCUCCUAGACAAAUUUCUUCAUUAUUUGGGCAUCUGGGCAUUUUUAUCCACCUUCAGGUCGCUUCAGCAGGGUGGUGGGUUUCCAGGACAGCUACUUCGCCCGCCGGCCAGUCUCGGUGCUCUUAGCAAGGAUUGCACAUAUGUGAGAAGGAGAGAGCACAUUCCCAUAAUAAAAUACUCCUCCUUAAUCCAAUUUAGAGGAGAAAUGCAAUUUAGCUUUCUGAUCCUUCAUUCUUUCCAGAAAUACAAUUGAAUUUCCUUCUACAAACUGAAGAAAGUUCUUCUGGAAAUCAGCUGUUAGUUUAAAAGAAACUCAUCAUAUCUAAAUGCUGCUGGCCUUUGAAAGCCAUCCUGUCUUUUGGGGUGAAUUCAAUUGAAUAAUGCCACGCUCCUGUAAAAUUAAUAAGGUCAAGUGAGACAGGAACUUGUCUUCUAGCCGGAAAGAUGACGUGUCCAAGGGCCAGCAUUGAGUGGUACCACUUGCCAAGUCUGUUUUCUCAGUCGGUGAAUCCGGACGCAAUCCCCGUUAAAUGCCAUAGGAGACACAUGCAGUUAGCAGAGGGGGAAGAUCCUCCUUAUUAAACAAAACACAGCCUUGGAAAUAAUAAUAAUAAUCCAAUAAUCAAGCUUUAGUAUGAGUAGAAAACAUUUUUACAGUAUUGAGUUUACAGUGGGCUUUUGGACCUGCCACAAAACUUCUGGAAACAUUUGAUGUGAUUUUCAGUUCUUUUAGUCAUUAGCAUAAAUUAUUGUACAUAGGUUUUGUCUCUUCGCAAACCUGAGUAUCAGCUGUAGGUGAUGUGUUACCUCUGUGUUCUGUUGGGUAGGUAGGCACUGAGCUGCCAAGUAGUAAAAAAAGUAGACAAGCUAAAACACUUUUUUCCUCAGCUCCACACUCUUAGAUGGGAUCUAAAAUAGUUCAGUUGAAGAAUUAAAUAAGAAUUGACUCCAUAAACAUGUAUGAUUUCCUACCAACCAGUAACUGUGCCAGUAACAAUUGGUAAUUCAAUAGCCUUAUAAUGAAUAAUCAUUAUGCACUACAGCCCUCCUGUUCCUAGGAAACCUUGAGAGAGAGGGGGCAAGUUAUUAACCUCUCUGCCUCAGUUACCUCAUCUGUAAAAUGGGGAUAAUAAUACUUACUUACCUCACAGGGAGGUGUGAGGGCUUCUCGGGUAAUGUUUCUAAUACACUUUUAACCUGAAAAGAGUUGUGUAAGUAUUAUUAUAAUUUUUAAUAUUAAAUCAGCUUAUCCGAUUCACAUGGUAUUGCUGGAUAUACGAUGCUAUUUCUACUUUUUUAUAGAAGUUUAGUAAUUCUGCUGAAACCAUUUAAAAUGAAAUAAAUCAGAUCUGAUAUGUUUCUUACAGAAUCUGGAGUCCAGCUUUUGUUAACUGGAGUCAGGGUGCAGUGGGGAGUGAUGCUCGCUGACUGUGUAGGUCAGCUGCACUUACCUCUUUUCCAAUUACUGAGAUUUGUAUGUGCAUUUUAAAAAUUCCAUGUAAGUGGAAGUCUUGGCAGAACUGGUUAUUGUAGGGUGAGAUUCCCUAUGGGUAAAUGAAGUCAGCACAGAUGUUUUCUAGUAACGUUUAUACUGACUCCUAUUGAGGGAGAAGUGAUAUGCUUCAUGCAGCUGGUCCAUCCAUGACAGGUUUAUUCCACUGAUAUUUUAAUGUAUUCCUGUGUCGUAUAUCUUCAUGCUUUUCUUUUCCUUGUGUGUGACACCAUAGUUCAAAUUUAAAAGAAAACCACCCUAGAAGCUAUGGUUUUUCUUCCACUGAUGUCAGUUGACCAAAAAAAAAAAUCAGCAGUCUAUUAAUAAUUUUAAACAGUGAUGUGCAGAAAGAGUAGCAACAGCACUGAUAACCGGCCCCAGCCUGCUUCCAUUGAAGCUCAUUUCUCACUACGGGAUACAUUGGAAAGUCUACAGCUAAUGUUACAUUAAUUUUAUAAUCGUGAGUUGGUGACAGGAACAUUUUAAUAGAAAGCAAAAAGAUGUUUCUGAUCUUUAUAAACCUUUUCCUAAGAACUAUUCAAAUUGUAUUUAUUUUCCUUCUGUUUGAACCCUGAGAGGUAAUAUUGCCAAUGGCUCCGUCCUUCCAGAGGUUCGUGUGCUCCUGUCUUGGCCUUCCAAGGCAUCCAGUGGAACCGCUACGUGCUUAGAGCUCGCUGUGUGCUUAGUUGCUUUACUGGAGCCAAGACUGCGGUAUCCAGCGUCUGGCAGCACUAAGCCUAUAAGCCCCAAUUCAGCAAAAAUAUUAAGUAUGUGCUUGUGCCCGUCGCUGUUCGGCAGAGCAUGGACAUUUGGGCUUACCUUUGAGCAGCUUCACAUCCCGUAGAAGUCAGUAGAGCUUGCACGCUCAGAUGCCUUGCUGACUUGGAGCAGGAAAAAAAUGUUCUCGCGGUGAUAAUACAAAUUGAAUCUGUGGCUUGUUCCCCACAAAGCCUUUCAUUUAUUCUCUCACGUGCUAUUAAAAUGAAUGUAAGAAAAAGAAUUUCAACAAAAUGAAGCUUGUUGCCUCUUAAAAAUGUGCAUUUCCCAACACGUGUAUGGUUUUGCACAACCAUACAGAGCACACCUGAAACUUCUAAAAUGAUUGCAUGCUACUUUAAUGUUAUCUUUUUUUAAACAAGGAGUAAUCCCACCUUGAACUCAUUCAUAUUUUAUAAUAUUAUUUUAAGACCCAAAUUUUGUAUUUAUAAAGAGGAGAACAUUAUUUAUUUUCUUAUCAUUUAUCUGCAAGAUGCUACCAGAAAAUUUGGAGAGGCCAUUCAUUUUUAAAAAAAUCUUUGGAAGUAUAGUGGGCAAGACUGAUGUAUAAAUUACAGCAUCUUUUUUUUCUUAAUUCGCAGUAUCUUCAAUCUUUGUUUGCAUGAAAUGCUUUUGUUAAAUAUUAAUUGUAGUUUCGAAGCAAGUGUGUAUGAAUAAAAAUACUGAUCAUUA